AUGUCAGGAAAAUUCACGUUUCCGACAAAAGCCGAAAACAAGUUCAUAGUCGCAGAUCUGGUCAACAUAACCUGGACUGUCGAUGCUCCUGUGAUCUCGCUCUACGAGAGCUGUGGCAAGAGGAACCGCAUAUUACAAGAGGAAGCAACCAACAACAAGAGUUACGUGUGGACGGCGACCCGCAAGGGCUACGUGGAGAGUGGCUGUAAAUUCAAACUGCAGCCAUUCACUGCUGAGCUCGAGUCGUAUGGCAAUAACAUCACAAGCGCUCUCUUUGGGGUAUCGAAGAGAUAUACCAGUGAUCCAUCGCCCGUCUCGUACAAUUUCGCCAACACGACAGAAACAGAAACAGAAACAGAAACAGAAAGCUCCACGCCUUCAGCGACCGACCUUAGUUCAGAACCAGCAACCACCCCGACUUCCAAUGCUAGCCACGGUCUCUCAAAAGCGAGUAAAGUUGGAAUUGGCGUCGGCGUGCCACUUGGUGUACUGUUGCUAUCUUUCUUGAUAGGAGCCUUCAUAAUAUAUCGGCGGAGAAGUCGCCGGAAAGAGAUUCGCGAAAUCACUGCGACAAACCAGCCCGGGGAUGCGAUGGCGCCUCUUCCUACAUUUGGGCUUAGAGAUCCUCACCACACACGCCUGUCUCAGGCAGAGACAAUAGGCACGGUUUCGCAACUGUCAAGCGAUAAUCAGAGAACGCAAACGACGGAGAGACCGCCGAGUGAAUUAAUGGCAACAGGACGGGCAGAGUUAGCCUGA